AUGUACAAUUUUAUAUUUAAUUUAAUAUUUUUAAAUUUAUUUGUUAAAACUGUAAAAACAGAAAAUUUUAUUAAAAAUUUUAAUGAUGGUUGGCAUUCUUCACAAAAAGAUAAAACAAUCACUUCAUCUACUAUUACAAAUACAAAAGAUGUACAGGAAUUGGAGUUAAUAAUUAAUCAAAUUCAAAGAUUAAUUAAUCAAACGGAGGAAAAUUUAAUUUUAUCCUCCUCAUUUUAUUCACCAUUAGAUCCGUUAGUGUCUGCACGCAAAUUUUGGUCUGAACAUGUAUACUCAUUUCCGAAAGCGAAACAAAUAGCUACAAGUGCUUAUAUAUCAAUAGAAUUAACUAAGAUAUUAAAAGGAAAUAAUAAAUUCUCUAAUGUAUUGUAUUCAAAAAAUCAGCAAAUAAUUAAUAUUUUACAAAAGUAUUGCUAUAAAGAAGAAAAUGAGGAAGAAAAUUGUGAAAUGUCUGGCCCCUACAGAAAAAUUGAUGGAAGAUGUAACAAUUCGCAAAAACCAUUACUUGGUUCUACUUUUUCACCUUUUCAACGUCUACUGGAAGCUGAUUAUUCCGAUGGUAUUUCUGAACCUCGCAAAUCAGCCUCUUCAUCUAAAAAAUUCUCUUCUUCAAUAUUACUACCAAAUGUUCGUCUAUUAUCUAAUUUACUUUUUCGAGAACCUAAAGCAAUAAAGUUGAACUCACCACCAACAACAGCUAAUUCACUUGUUGCACACUGGAGUGCCUUAAUACAUACAGAUUUGGUACAUAUUGGAAGUUCACAAUUAAUUACUGAACAUGGAGGGGCACCUGAUAUUGAACAACAUUUAUUUCAUCCAGAAUGUUAUUCAAUUAAUUUAAGUAUUGAUGAUCCCAAAUUUAGAGGAUUGAUAAAUUGUUUUGAUUAUUCAAGGACUUUGCCCUCCCCGAGAUCUGAAAAUUGUUCUUUGGGACUAAGAGAACAAUUAAAUCAGGCUACAAGUUUUUUGGAUGCUUCUUUUUUAUAUGGAAGUUUGGAUGAACAAACAAAUUCUUUACGUUCUUUUAAAAAUGGUAAAUUAAUUUCGAGUAGAGAAAAUGGUCCAAAUUCACUUUCGAAAGAGUUACCGCCAACUUUAGAAAUGUUAAAAAAUGGAGGAAAAAGUCAAAAAUUAAUUUGGAAUAAUUAUUUUUGUCCCAGUGGAAAUUUUGGUAUUUGCUUUGGUGGUGGAAAUGGUUGUUAA